AUGACAGCCAGAACCUCUGAGGCCUCCGGACUGUCGGUGCCGAUGACCGCUGUCACCGGGGUUUUCCAGGCCAAUAACGGCACCUGUGCGGAACAUCUCAGCUUUUUUCCGCCGUUCUCCUCCACCCUCGCGCUCCUCGUGCUGGUGGCCGUGCUCGUGGGGAUCGUCCUCGUUUCCCUGGCAACGUUCCAUUUCCACAAGAGGAAGCUUCGGAAGAGGAAGAUCCAGCGCGCUCAAGAGGAAUACGAGCGCGACAGUCGCAGCCCCGCGCGCGGCGCCGGGGCGGGUGCGGGGAGGCCGUGCGUCAUCGUCCGACCCGUGAGAUGUGAGGAGCCCCCCUCGUGCCAGGACGCAGAGAUUGGGGACGCCACCGAAGCGGUGGAGGGCGAACCGGCACUGCACGUGACAGUUCCUCUCGACUGUUAA